AUGAGCCACACGAACAGCGGGGCUGUCGAGGAAGCUAGCGCUAAAGGAGGGGAAAUUGUGAUCUCUGAGGGACGCUACGGAAAACGGCUUGUUGCUGUUUGGUUGUUUUCCAAGAAAUUGCCUACGGUCCCAGAGUCAGAAAGAUUUUCAUCUGUGAUGAUGGCAGACUUUACAGGAGAACAUACGUGGUUACAAACAGGACAUGAACUAAGCUUGAGGACACUAGUAGAGGGUUCAGAUUAUCAAGAGGAACUGAAGUAUGAUUUUAAUGAAAAAGGGGAACUGAGGCAUCUGGACACGAAUGAAUCCUUUGUUUUCAAUUACUACAAAAACACCUAUGAGAGGAAUCAUAAACGCUAUCAAGUUUUAGGACAUAUGAUUACCCAGUAUGUUUAUGAGCUCCUGGAAAGAGUCUGCGCACUGCAAAAAGUUUAUAUUCCUUCUGACGCUACAGAGGAUGAACCAAGAAGUUUCUUUUUUAUGAGUGAGAAAGCACUAACAAGUUCUUCUAGCAUAAUUGUCCUUCUUCAGGACCGUGGAGUUUUUCGUGCUGGCCAGUGGGGACACAAGACAAUCAUCAGUGAGGGGCUGUACCAUGGAACACAAAUACCGUUCAUCAAAAUGGCCCUUCAAAGCCACGGGGGAGUGAUUGUACUGAAUCCCAAUGACAAUCUCAUUGACUUGAAGACCGAAAGGGAGAAGCCAAGCUAUUCUGCCAGAGAAGAAUCACUGACUUCUAUGCAUUCCUGCCAGUGGAUCACCAAGCGAUGCAGCAGUAGCCCUGAGGAGCAUACCAUAUAUGUAUGGGAUCAUUUCAUUUCUAAAAGUGCAGCCAAGAAUGUGGCUUUCAUUGCCCAUGGCUAUGGUGGUUUGGUGUUCAUUGAUCUGCUUGUGCAGAGAAAAUGGGAAGUGAUGAAUAAAGUGUUUUCUGUGGCAUUCAUUGAUUCCAUGCACAAUAUACAGCAUCAGGCUAGAAAUGACCUGCAGAUACAAUGGUGGACACAGAAACACUGCCGUGAAUGGGUAUCAAACAAUAAGCCUUUAGGUAAAGCUGUAGGCUCCCUUGUCAAAGUGAAUUGUCCAACUGUCUCUGCUGGAACUGAAAAGUAUAGCUUAGCACCUUCCUACUGCUUGCGUUCCAUCUUUAAGUACCUGAACAGCGCCCUGAAAGCCAAGACCACCACGGCCUUUACACGUUCGCCUAUUGCAACUCGAAGCAGCAAAAGUUGGUAAAUCAAGGUACACUGACUUGGGUUUUGAUAGUAAUCUCUUUUUUCCAUAACCAUCCCUACAACUAAGAUCCUUCACUAUGGAGAGACUUACAGUUUUAAGUUUGAAGACACUUGUAUUUUUGUGUUUCUCAAAAAUGAAGUUAAC